GGGUCAUAAACUGUCGUCAAAAUAUCAUUUCUCUUUUUCUUUUCCUUUUACUAUUUUCUUUUCAUUCCAGUCCCUCGAGCCAAACAAACCCUUACAAGAAAAAUAAUCAAUCCAACGGUGUGCAUCGAUACCCAAAACCAGAGCAAUUGUUCCUUUCUUUUUCUAACCCUGAGAAAAUCCCUCCAUCAUCCAAACAUGUGCUACGGUCAAUCGCAACGAUUGCUUUCGAAAGAUGAACUGAACCCUUCUCGGCCUCGACCACCGGCGAACGAGAACGCUGUGGUCGAAGAUCUCAGAGGCCGUUUGGCCGAGACCGAGGCACGGCUCGAGCGAGCUAGGGCUCGGGAGGCCGAUCUCAGCCGCCGGCUCGAGGAGAUGAAGCGAUUCGUCUCCGUCAUGGAGAUCCUCGAGACCUACCUUAAGCGACGCCUUCUUGAACAACAAGAACACGUGUCUCGUCUCUUCUCUCCGAUACACCAAAGCAAAUAACACAGAGAAAAAAACCCCUCCUUUUCUUUGUUCAAAUUCCACAGAUUCUUGUGAGUUAUGUCCAUGUAUCCUUUCUUUGUUCUUUAUGAAAAGAAAAAUUGAAUUUCGUUUUGAUAUGUGUUGUUCUGUAGUUUUAUGUUUGUUAUAUUUAUUGUGUUUGACACAUAAUGAUUAAUGUCAAUGUUAAGGAAUCUGAUUUUUAAUUUUUA